GUAUCGCAGCCGUAGUCCGACGUGUUGACCGAGAAGCAGAUUCUCCAGAUCAACCAGAUCACCAGAUUCACCAGAUCCAUCCUCCACUACAAGCUUGUGUUCAGGCUGAGGGAUGACCAAAGAGGAGAACCAAGAGGAGCAGCGCGAGGAGCGCGACCAGCAAGAGGAGGCGCAGGCCCAGCGCGAGGAGGAGGAGCGCUUCACUGAGGAGGAGGAGGAGGGAGAGGGAGAAGGAGACGACUAUGAAUUAGAAGAGGAGGAGCAGGAGGAGGUGGAGAAGGAGGAGAGAGCAGAGGACGAAGAGGAGGAGCCGGAGGAGGAGGAAGGCAGGAGAACGGAGGAGGAGGAGGCGGUGGAGGAGAGGGAGGAGCCACAGCCUGGAGGAGAGCAGGCGGUGGUGACGGAGCAGCUGAGCCCCGUCCAGGAGCCGCAGCGUCGACCCAUGGUUCACCCCUCGGCCCAGGCCCCGCUGCCCAAGGACUACGCCUUCACCUUCUUCGACCCCAACGACCCGGCCUGCCAGCAGAUCCUCACCAGCCCCGACACAACGAUCCCAGAGCUGUUCGCCAUCAUCAGGCAGUGGGUCCCCCAGGUCCAGCACAAGAUACACAUCAUCGGGAACGAGAUCUUGAAGCGUGGUUGUCAUGUCAACGACCGAGACGGACUGACGGACAUGACGCUGCUCCACUACAGCUGUAAGGCUGGGGCCCACGGAGUAGGGGACCCUGCGGCCGCCCUGCUCCUGGCCAGCCAGCUCAUCUCUCUGGGGGCCGACGUGGGCCUGAGGAGCCGCUGGACCUCCAUGAACGCGCUGCACUACGCCGCCUACUUCGACGUCCCCCAGCUGAUCAGAGUGCUGCUGAGGGCCGCCAGCCCCCGCGUUCUGAACUCCACCUGCAGUGACUUCAGCCACGGCACCGCCCUGCACAUCGCCGCCUCCAACCUGUGUCUGGGCUCCGUCAGAUGUCUGCUGGAGCACGGGGCCAGCCCCGUCGUCAGGAACGAUAAGGGCCAGGGCCCGGCCGACGUGGUCCCCGACCCCAUGGACAUGACGCUGGACAAGGCGGAGGCGGCGCUGGUUGCUAAGGAGCUGAAGAUGCUGCUGCUGGACGCCGUGCCGCUGAGCUGCCUGCUGCCCCGCGCCACGCUGCCCAACUACGACAACAUCCCGGGGAACGUCAUGCUGUCCUCCCUGGGGCUGAAGCUGGGGGACCGCGUGCUGCUGGACGACAUGAAGCCCCGUAGCAACCCGAACACAGGCGACGGCAUCUCAUCUACAAUCCCCCCCAGACAGCCCGGGACUCUGCGGUUCUGUGGGACCACUGAGUUUGCGAGCGGCCAGUGGGUGGGGGUGGAGCUGGACCGCCCCGAGGGCAAGAACGACGGCAGCGUGGGCGGAGUCCGCUACUUCAUCUGCCCCCCCAAGCUAGGUAUCUUUGCGCCGGUGUCUAAGAUCUCCCGGGCGGUGGAGCAGCCCCCCCCCGCGGUCAUCUCCGCGCCCCGGACCCCCCGCCUCGACCUGGCCUCCCGCCUCGCCAGCAAGACCAAGAAGGAGAAGAAGAAGGAGAAGGAGAGGGAGAGGGAGCGGGAGAAGGAGAGGGAGAAAGCCCUGAAGAAGAAGUUAUCGGAGGAGCUGCUGGACCCAGAAGGUCUCAACGUGGAGCUGGGAGACCAGGUCCUGGUGGCCGGCCAGAAGAUCGGCACAGUCCGCUUCUACGGGAAAACCGACUUCGCUCCCGGCUACUGGUUCGGAGUGGAGCUGGAGAUGCAGACAGGGAAACACGACGGCUCGGUGUUUGGCGUGCGCUACUUCACCUGCCUGCCCAAAUACGGCGUGUUCGCUCCGCCCUCCCGCGUGCAGAGAAUCGGAGGACCGAAGGAAGGCUUCCAGAACGACAACUCUGCGGUGAAGAAGGUUCACCAGGUCUCCAUGUCUCAACCCAAACGUAACUUCAACACGGUGCGGUCUCCGAAAGACCUCACCUCAGAGAACUCCAUCUCCAGGUUACUCUUCUGCUGUUGGUUUCCAUGGAUGCUGCGUGCGGAGAUGCAGUCCUAAUCACUCCUUAAUCUCCUUCACCCUCUCCUCCCUCUCCUCCCUCUCCUCCCUCUCCUCUCUCUCCUCCCUCUCCUCCCUCUCUCCCUCUCUGACUCUCUUCUUGCUGUUGCAGUUAUACAUUCA